AUGGAGGUUAUUACCUGCCACUUCGAAUCAGACGGUCCCCAUCCUUUGCCUAUUCCGGAAAGACAAGACAGUACGACUAGAAACGAUUCCCUGGUCUUACAAACUCGUCCCGACGGCGCCGCAGCCACAACAUCUCCAUCGCCACAAAGACCAGAUCCUAUGGCAGCCGGUCCGGAAAAGGAAAGUCAGCGCGUUUCUACUGAUGUUGCUGCAGGCAAAAGUGGAUAUGAAGCUCCUGUUUCUCUCCCCUCCCCAAUAGAUGAAGUCUCGGAUGUAUCGAGCUCUUUGACUUCUAUCACAUCCAUCCAGGAUACCGCAGACUCUUCACCCAUCUUGUCGGAUGACAAUGGUAAAGAGAAGGAGACCAGAGGCGAUUCCCAUAAGCCCAAAGUCGCCGGAGCACACCAACACCCAACAAAUUGCAGCACAGGCAGAGGUGCCCAGACUUCUCUAGGCGGCUGCAACGACGGCACUGCUGAAGGAUAUGCAGAUUCGCAAGGAGAGAAUGCUUCUACAAAACGGACGGAUAUCAUCGACAGAGACGACGACCACUCCGAUGAGCGACCUGCCAAGAGAGUCCGGACAAGUUCGCCAAGCAAGCACAAUUCGGUCACCUCGGAUGUCGAGCAUUCCAAUGCCAUAUCGGACUCUGAUUCUCAGUCUGACUCGACGAAUGGAGUGGAUCAUGACGAGACAAGCGACAACGACCCGGGGAAACGGCGAGCACUGAGAAAAACCAGAGCAAGACCGCUGAGCAGACAGCUUCCACAUUCGCAAGAAGAUGAUGGACGGGAUGGAGAGCGGCCUGAACACAAAUCUCAGUCUGAGGAAACAACACCAGAGAGGCCUUUGAUCGCGUGCUUCAAGUUUUCGUCCGUGAAGGGGAAGGCAGCUUAUUCUGAGCUCCUGUCCCAGCUCGCGGCUCAGUCCCAGGUUACGGAACCAGCUGGAUACAAUCUUCGCGGCCGCAAUAAGUCAGCUAGCCGUCAGAUCACCGCUCCUGAUGGCUUACAGUUCCUUGCCUUGGAUCAGGAUGAGAGAGCGAGACCGUUUGCUCGUGGCUGCAAAAGCUGUAGUAUUUCAGGCCAGCGGUGCUCCCUCCUGGAUCACGAAAAGGAAUGGCCAUGCCUAUCUUGUUACGAGGCGAAGCAAGAGUGCGAGCUCCACGAACAACCUAUCCGUAAGCGCGCUUGCGAGAACUGCAAGCGGCGAAGGAGGCCUUGUUCAUACACCAACACCAGAAAUCACGGCGAUUCUUGCCAGCAGUGCGACGACAUCGACCAACCAUGUGUUGCAGGACCUGCGAAAGACUUCAUCCGUCGAAGGAUCCGCUAUCCGGCAGAAGGCGAGCCUAACCCAAAGCCGAAGUCCAAGAAGGCAAGCAAGAAAGGCGCCCAAGACGACUGUGUUGAGUGCAUUCAGACAGGCAGGACAUGCAGAUACCCGACCGAGUAUGACGGGGGAGCUUGUGAGCAUUGCAGGCGCAAUUGCCUGCCAUGCACCAUCAGCGACACAUCCGUGGCUUCGAUACUCAACAGAGGCCCUGUGAGAGAACCGGGUGACCAGACGACUUGGACCGAGUCAACAGCAGCCAAUACUGCAUCUGCAACUCGAGGCCGGAAGGAAACGACACCGUUAAAACAAGAACACGCGCAGAACGAACCUCGCAAAACCAUCGGCAUGAAACAACCACGACAGAACCCCAUCCUCCCAACAACAGAAACUCCCUCCACCUCCCAAGCAGAACUCAAACACAACCAAACCCCAGACCCCAACCUCCUCUCGCAGGCCCAGCCAUUCAUGAACCCACCACAAGCCUCCCGCAUCAAAGGCACCGUCAAAAAAAUCCAAACCUCCUUCCGCCACCCCAUCGACUUCAACUGCGACCAUCCCGAAGACACCACCACCACCACCACCAAAACCCCCAGACCCUGCACCUUCUGCGCCGACCCUCCCCUCGCCAUCCUGGGCUUCGGCAGAGUCAAAGUGCAAGUCAUGGAUUGGAAAGACGGAAGAGGCUAUACCGAAAUCCGAGGCGGCCAUCAGCAGGUUGAAAAUACCCGGGUGUGUAUUGCCUGCACCACGGCGCGGUUGGCCAUUCUGGCCUGCGAUGGGCAUGAGAUGCGUCGGUUUUCGACGACGACGGGCGCCUUCUUCUUCUCGCGGGAAGAGAAUGAAGCUGCUGCGGAUGCGCUGAUGGACGGGCGAGUCCGGGACCUGGGCGCUUUCUGCGCGCUGUGUUCGAAUCUGGCGAGUUAUCGGUGCGGAGCUGCUGACGGGGAGGGAGAGGGAGAAGACGACUGUGGGUUGAAGCUCUGUGCGGUCUGCAAUGAUUCCCUGGGGCGAGAGUAUCGUGGACGCCUGCAGGUGAUGCUCGCGGAGGCUGACGAAGAAGCCACGGAGGAGCGACCGCUGGGGUUGCGGGCGGAUUGCGAGUUGUUGAAGCAUGAUGGGCCUCUGAUGAGGUACGUCGGGUAUCAGAAUGCGAUGGAACAGUAA